ACCACGACGUACCGUUUCCAGACCUUAAAAUAUUGAAUUCCACUCUAGAAUCACUUUCACAACUAGCGUUCUAACCUAGUGCACAGUAAUUAAUGGCGGAUUGGUAGUACUUGUGUAUGAGAGUCGAAAGCGUAUAUCAGCAAAUGUUUGUUGGAGUGAAAAAUAAGGUUUCAAAAACUUUCAUGCAGUUUGAUGUGAAAAACAAGUUGUAGCAUGCUACCCCGACCAAUGGCUAGAACAUACAAGUGUGAUUAUAUCGAUAAAUAAGUGUUUUCUAAGUGUGCAGUGAAUUACUGCAGCGUAGUCCUGCAUAUUUCGCCGAUAUAUAUUGAAUUGUAAAAAAUUAACCACCGCUUGAACUACGUUAAAUAUCUUUACGUUUGAGUAAAGUUAGUGGGGGGAUAUGGGAGACGCACAGAUGGGUGUCGCGACGCCCGGAGACGGUCAGCAAGUCGUCAAGGAAGGCUGGCUUCAAAAACGCGGUGAACACAUAAAGAAUUGGAGAUCACGUUACUUUGUGCUUCGAGAUGACGGCACCCUGGUUGGUUUCAAGACCAAACCUGAGCCGCAAAUUGCUACAGCUGCUCAGCCGCUCAACAAUUUCACCGUGCGUGGUUGCCAAAUUAUGUCUGUUGACAGACCUAAACCGUUUACAUUCGUUAUUAGAGGCUUGCAAUGGACAACCGUCAUCGAGCGAACGUUUCAUGUCGACACAGAGCAGGAAAGAGAAGAUUGGGUCGCAGCAAUCAGAUAUGUAGCUGAUCGGCUGGCUAGUCAGGAACAGUUGGAGCAAGCGAUGCAACCUUCGGCAUUGUCUGAGGACAUGGAUGUAGAGAUAUCUCCUGGUGUGCGAUCAGAUUCAUGUGGAUCACUUGGUGUUGUAUCAGGAGACAGUGAUGGAGGCAGCAUUGAUGAAUUGUCAGCAAAAUUCAGUGUUCAGGGUACAUCGAGCAGUAAAAGUACUGGCAAAAAGAAAGUGACGUUGGAAAACUUUGAAUUCUUGAAAGUACUUGGAAAGGGAACAUUUGGUAAGGUGAUUCUGUGCCGUGAAAAAGCCACCGGUCAUCUAUAUGCCAUAAAAAUUCUACGGAAAGAAGUAAUCAUCCGAAAGGAUGAAGUUGCGCAUACAUUGACGGAAAAUCGUGUCCUUCGUACAACCAGUCAUCCAUUUUUAAUUUCUCUGAAGUACAGCUUCCAGACAGCCGACAGACUGUGUUUUGUUAUGGAAUAUGUAAAUGGUGGCGAACUAUUCUUCCAUCUUAGUCGCUCCAGAGUAUUUCCAGAGGAUCGUACGCGUUUUUAUGGGGCAGAAAUUAUAUCUGCCUUAGGAUACUUGCAUUCCCAGGGUAUUAUCUACCGUGAUUUGAAACUUGAAAAUCUUCUACUGGAUAAAGAUGGCCACAUCAAAAUAGCAGACUUUGGUCUGUGCAAAGAGGAUAUCACGUAUGGGAGGACCACUAAAACAUUUUGCGGUACACCGGAGUACCUAGCUCCUGAAGUACUCGAAGAUAACGACUAUGGUCGAGCAGUAGAUUGGUGGGGUGUUGGAGUUGUUAUGUAUGAAAUGAUGUGCGGUCGACUUCCAUUUUACAAUCGUGACCAUGAGAAAUUGUUCACCUUAAUUAUUAUGGAGGAAGUCAAAUUUCCAAGAGCUAUCAGUAAUGAAGCUAAGGAUAUGCUUGGUGGAUUACUAAUUAAAGAUCCAAGUAAAAGACUAGGAGGGGGUCCAAACGAUGCGAGAGACAUAAUGAAUCAUGCAUUCUUUUCAUCCAUCGAUUGGUCUGACUUGGAGCAAAAAAAAAUUCCACCACCUUUCAAGCCUCAAGUAACAUCGGAUACAGACACACGGUAUUUUGACAGUGAAUUUACAGGAGAAAGCGUAGAAUUAACGCCUCCAGAUCAGGGAUGCUUGGGCAGCGGAGGCGGAUUAAAUUCCAUCGCUGAAGAACAGGAACAUUUUCCACAAUUUUCGUACCAGGAAAGUCAUUCAGCAGCAACAUCCUCGAUUGUCUCGAUCAAUCACUGACCUUAUGUCUUAUACAGAGAAUUCAAAUCCUCAGCUCUAAAUACGGUGAUUCGGUGCUCUAUAGCCUCUGAUUUUUUACUAAUAGGUAUUAUCAAGCUACUCAUAUAAUCUACAUGCAAUCUAACUUUGAAUAUAUUCAUGAUUUACAUUUAAAAAAAAGAGAGAAUCAAGUUUGCAAUAAUUGUUUCAAGAGAAAUUACAGAUUGCUGACUCACCUUGCGUCAAACAUCAAUCCGAGAAUGUACCUUAUAUGUGGGGGAUGAUUCGGGUACAAAAAUAAUUGUAUAAAAUGAUGAGCAAAAAAGCCUUUUUCAAAAGUAUUGGUUAUUCAUAAUAAUGCCUAGUAAUUAAAUAUCUUAUUACCACGUAAUGAGAUUUGCGGUGAGCGAAAAAAACAAAAUAAACCAGGAAAUGUAAUAAUGUGUUAUUUAUCCAGAAUAUUAAUGGAAAUUUUUUAUUCUGUUAUGAACGAUAAAUUGGGAAUUUAGGAAUUUUAAAUUUUACAGAAACUUUAGUUUCAAUAUUAUUACUAUUAUAUUUAUUUAUUUUUUUCUCUCACCGUGUUAUAUUAAUGAAUACUGAUAAGACGGAAAAUGAAAAUUGAAUAAAAAAAGAAGGGGAUAAACAGAAAACGAUAAGCAAAUGAAACCAAGUAACAUUAGCCAAGAGGGAAUUAUACAUAUUAUUAUUAUACACUAUAAUAACUAUAUUAUUAUAUAUACAUAUAUUUAUAUUUUAACAAUUAAACGAUCAUACAGUAUA